CGUCUCCUCCAUCUCCAUAUCUUCUUCUUCUUCUUCUUCAUCUCCUUCCGCAUCAGUCGAAGCUCCUCUCCGGCCACCAUGGCGUCCAAGCCUCCCAACCUCAGCCUCAAGGACGCCGGCGAGCGCGAGCUCCAGAAGGUCUUCGACCAGUUCGACGGCGACGGCGACGGCAAGAUCUCCCCCGCCGAGCUCUCCGGCGUCCUCUCCGCCACCGGCUCCGCCUCCUCGCCCGCCGACAUCCGCCGCGCCAUGGAGGACAUCGACUCCGACAAGGACGGCUUUAUCAGCCCCGCCGAGUUCGCCGCCUUCUGCCGGUCCUGCUCCUCCUCCUCCUCCGCCGAGGCCGAGAUCCGCGACGCCUUCGACCUGUACGACCGGGACAGGGACGGCCUGAUCUCCGCGGAAGAGCUCCACCUGGUGCUCAACCGGCUCAACGCCCGGUGCUCCCGCGAGGACUGCGCCAGGAUGAUCCAGUCGGUGGACAAGGACGGCGAUGGGAACGUCAACUUCGAGGAGUUCAAGAGGAUGAUGGCGGACUCGAUUCCUGGUAACGGUGGAUCUGUGGCCUGAAAUUGAUGAUUUCAGGACUGUGUUUUCCCACCGUAGAAUCUGAUUUUGAAUCGACCUAUUACUACUACAUCGUAUUAUUAGCUCGUGAGCUCGUGAACUCGUUUCGACCAAAAAAAAAAAAAAAAACUCGUGAACUCGUAUGCAUAUGGAUUUGCAUUGUGCCUGGAAUCGAUUUCAUCCAUCCGCUGUGAUUUUCCCUUUAGAUACUUACUGUGCAAUCAGAACAAUGCAUGUAGUGCAUCUAUUUCUGUCCAUCUGUUCGGCUCAGUGUUUUCGAUUCGAUGCAUCAUGAAGAAGAAUCAGCGGAAUCUGAACCAGAUUGCUUUAAGGAUUUGAUUAGUUCUGAGGGUGUCGUGGGCUGAGUCGAGUUGUGGCCCAAUUGACGGCUCUAUAAUCAUGGCCCACUGGGCUUAAUCGCUUUCGUCUUCCCAUUAAUUUGGAAAUUGAGUUGGUAAUAGUAAUACUCGUUCGAA